GACGGCUGCCGCGACGACAUGCGACCGUGCUAGCCCGCGCGCCCUUCAGCUUGAGGCAGGCUGUCCGUAGCGCCGCAGCAGAGAUGAUGAGCUGGGUGCACUCCACCUACGUGCCGCCGCCUCCGCCGGACGUCUACCAUGAGCUCUGUCCGGUCAGCAACAACCGCCAGAUGCGGAACAAGGCGGAGAAGCAGCGGAGGGACAAGUUGAACAGCUUGAUCACCGAGCUGGCGCACCUGGUGCCCAUGGUAGCGCAGUCGCCGCGCCGCAUGGACAAGACCUCCAUCCUGCGCCUCAGCGCCACCUUCCUGCGCAUGUACCGCUGCCUGCCGCUGAAGCCUGGCGAGAUCCACGAGCCCUUUCUGCCCUUCCUGGAAACGCUGAAGGUGUCGCAAGUACUGCUAGAUUUCCUGCAAGGCAUGGAGGGCUUCAUGCUGGUGGUGACGGGCGCGGGAAAGAUCGUCUUCGUCACGCACACCGUCGAGAAGCUGCUGGGCCACACCCAGAACGACCUGCUGGGACAGUCGCUGUACAACAUCACGCGGCCGGAGGACCACGAGGAGCUGCGGCGUAACAUCGAGACGGCUCCCAGCGACGGCCGCGCCUCUUCCGCCGCUUCCGGCUGCUCGCCAGCGCUGACGUCCGACGAGAGCAGCUGUGAGGACGGCGCGGCCGGCGGCUCGACGCCCAGCAGCUCGCCGUCGGCGUCGCGGCCCGGCACGUCGGCGUCCACGGCGUCGGUGGGCUCGUCCUGCGACGGCGGCCGCGCCGGCCUGGGCGGCCUCUUCGGCUCCGCGGGCGCCGCCGAGCACCACCGGCGCUCCUUCUACAUUCACCUGGCGCAACGCGCCGGCGGCCGCGCGGCCGGCUCUGGCGCCGCCACUGCGGGCGCCGGCGGAGGCGGCGGCGGCGGCGGGGGCGGCGCGGCCGGCCAGGGCGCCGAGCAGACCACGUACGAGCUGGUUCACUUCCUCGGCUACCUGCAGGUCCCGCGGUCCCACGAGCCGCCGCCCGCCACGCACCGCCCGCGCCGACACCGCGACACAGUUCCAAGUAGCAACAGUGACAAUGUCCUGGUUGCUGUCGUCCAACUGUUCCGGGAGAAAAAAGUCAUGGAGUUAUCUCUCCUGGAGGCAACACUGGAUGAGUACCAAACGAGGCAUCUAAAAGAUGGCAGUAUUGUGUAUUCAGAUCACAGAAUAUCUGUCGUGGCCGGAUAUCUGGCAGAUGAGGUUCAUGGCCGCAAUGCAUUCACAUUCAUGCAUCAGGAUGACAUGGCAUAUGCCUUAAUAGCCCUUCAGCAGAUGUUUGACAAGAAUGAGCCCUUUGGCAGUUCCACUUACAGGCUCGUUACAAAAAAUGGGCAAUACAUUUAUAUGAGAACAAGAGGCUAUUUAGAGUUUGCCCAUGGAUCAAAAGAUGUGGAGACAUUUUUGUGCAUUAACACACUUCUGUCGAAAGAAGAAGGUGAAGAUGGGCUGCGGGAGAUGAAGCAGCGCUUCUCUGCUUAUGUCUCUGCACUGAGAGCUGCUGGAGCCGACUUGUCCUUGGCUGGCAUUGCUGCUGCUAUGAGUGCUGCACCGCCCCCACCCCGCAUGGUGAAAGGUUCCGAGCUUCCCAAACUGCCACCCCCACCCCCACCACCAUCUUUACAACCGUCAUCACCAUCACCACUGCCACCACCACGACCACCACCGCUACCACAACCACCUGCAGCAAUCACGUCAUUGUCAUCGCCUGAGAUUAUGACUAAUUCAACUCUCUGUGAAGUGUCUCCGCCCUUCACAGCAAUGGUGACGGAGAGUACAGCUAGCUCAGAGCAGAGUGCAGAUGUCUUUAGCAAUGUUUCACGCUCAGAAGCUGCAGCAAGCAAAUACAGAAACCAAGCACCAACAGCAGCUUCCAGAUCACCUACAGUGGAUCCAUAUCUUCCAGCAGCAAGACCUCGUGCAGUUUCUGAAGGAGAUGACACUACUGGAUUCAAUUUACAGAAUUUUGUAAAUCUCUUCAAGGUGCCUGAAGAGGAAGAAAAUAGUGUUGAAGUUCAGCUGUCACCUCUUGCCAAUAGUACUGGCAUUACCACAGACUUAGAAGAAAAAGAACGGCUCAGAAAUCCACUUUCUCCUUCAUCACCUCCAUCGAGGCACCCAUACACCGCUGCCCAGAGGAUUAGGGCAGCAUCAGAAAGUGAACUACAGACUGCCAAUAGUGGAUCGACCUUUAUUCAGUCAGAUCCUGCGAGCAGAGGGGGCAACUGGCAGUUUCCGAGGCCCGGAGACAUGCCUCAUUCGGGAACUACGGAGAGAAGGCCCCCAGAAAGACCGACGGUUAUUACCGGACGGUGCUGUGCUGGAUCUGAGAGGAUGAAGUGCAGUAGAUUGUCAGUUAUGUCAGUCACAGGAGAUGAGAAGAGGAUUACCAGUGUGCGUGGUGAAGUUACUGUGUUAAAAAGGACUAUGAGUGCAGAUGUAGAAAAUCCGAGCACUACAAAGAAACUGAAUGUUGGACCCCGGUACUGUAGGCAGCGGCACAGAGUUGAGCAUCCUCCUACGGAAGCUCUGAGUGUGGAAGUAAAUACACUUCCACCCGAUGAACUGCAGCAUAUAAUAUUGUCGAGGGACAGUGGCAUGUAUAAUUCACAGCCGACAGUUCUCGUAUCACAGCACAGCCUGUUUCGGACAUCACAGCCAGCACUUCAGACUGUGACACAAAAUGUGCCUGCAUCUUCUUUGAGCCCCCCUCAACUAGCCGAAAUGCAGAGCACGUCUGUUACACCACCAUCGUUUAUUAUGGAAGAACCUAGUGGCCUGCCUCUUGUGAACUUAAGUGAUGCCAACACAUUGUCAGUUGGUUGCCAGGAUUCUCUUAUCAGCCCUGAUCAUGGAGACAGUGACUCAUUUUCAUCUCUAGGAUUACCUGAUCCAGAGAAUAACCCAGAGGUCUUAGACCUGUUAGAAGCAUCUGAACUGAAGCUAAAUUUUGACACAUUGCAAGAGGUGCGCAGUAGCAACGAACCAGAAGCACCUUCCGGACCGGAGACUGCAGUCACUCUGGAGCGCUUUCUGGCACGCAAACACCUACAACUCGAGUCGUGCAUGCAGCGACAGGAAACACAGAUGCACUGCAUCGAGCACGACCUGACUCAGCUCCCAUUGGCAGACCAUGUGUUCCGCUCAAACCUCACACAACUGCAGGCAAGUGGCCCGAUACAUGCCAGGAAGGAAGAGAGACAAGCUUCAAAAUUACACAUUCCUGUCCUCACACCUAUAUUUAUGAGGAACAACAUAAGAAGCACCAGAUACUGCUGAACAACCUCAAAGAAGACCGUUAUAAUAUACAUAGUAAUAAAAUCAAAAUUUGUAAUGUUAAGCAAGAUAUUGGUGUGUGAAGCAUAAUAGAUAUCACAAACCACACUGGAAUCAUGGGUGGAUGGUGAAAUUUGUGAAUUUUUUUAUGCAUACAUCAGAGUAAAUAAUAGUUUAUACACAGUUUAUGAUUUUAGGGAAGUGAUUCUAAACACUCAGGGAUUUCUGUGUAGUUAAGAAGGAAAGUUUGGUUGAUAUUGGCCAGUUUUUGCAACAUUGUUUUGUAGGCAACAUGUAUGACAAUUGAACAUAUAAAAACUUAUAACUUUAAAUUCUGUACAGCCUUAAAUUCAAACAUGAGCUGGAUUCAUCAUGAUAAUGCAGAUACUUUGAAAAAUGAAACUCCAUGUUCUGGAAAUGCAUAAAUGAGGUACAUACGUUUCAAAAUUUUAGUAAGCAUUACAUGCCAUGAUAUUUUUAUUAGGGGAACACAUCUGGGGCCACAAAUUUGAUUAUUGCUUCCUCUUUCUACUAUUUUUCGUCCCUGAGUAGGUAGUACAUUGACUUCAUUUUUAUAGAAAAGGCUAAAAUGUUUACAAAAAGUAUCAGCUCAGUAUUUUUGAAGUAAGUGGGCUUUGUAAUCCCACAUUGACUGCAUACCUGACUGACACUGAACAUUUAUUAAAAUGAGUUGACUUAAUAUACAUACAAUGGAUAUGAGUAACUGUUAUAGUUUGUUAGUAACAACCUAACCCAAAAAGGAGAAAAGAGAAAUAACAUUAUAUCAUUAUAUAUCUGCUCAAUGUCAUUACUUACUAUAUAGCACAGCUUAUCUCCUCUAUCUUUGCAAGAGGAAAGAACUGGUGCAAAAGACUUUGCAUUUUUAUGUUAUUUUUGUAGUAUGGAAUUUUGUACUUUGCAUAAGUGUUUUAGUUUUGGGAAUUACCUUUUUACUCUCAUGUAUGCAUUAGAAUGAAACAUCUUUGUACCUGACUUGAAUUUUCUCAUACAUUGUAGACUGUUAAAAGCGAACUGAAAUUUUUGGUGUUAUUUCACCAACCAUCCGACUGAAUAUUUCAUAUAUAAAUUAAGACAGCACUAUGCGCAAUAUAUUCCACAAUUUAUAUAUUUCGAUACACAUGUUUAGAACCAUUCAGUCUGUCCAUAUAAUCAUCAGAUCUCAAUUUGAAGAACUCACUUAAAACCAUGUUCCUGUCAUGUUUCCCUUGUUACUGUCCUGAGGAAAAUUCUUUUAGCAUUGUGCACUGAGGUACUGAGUUUUAUGUUAUACCCGAUGACAUGUAAAUGAUAUAUUUGUUAAAAAUAAUUUGUGUAUCAUUGAGAGAAUCAACUAGUCAGUGUGUAAGUACUUUGUAAUGCAGAAACAGAAAAGUCAAUGAAGUGCCUUCUGAUUGCAGAAGAAUAGUUUUAGUAUGUAUGACUUUGUUUUCCACCCAGAAACUCCAGCUUUGCUGUUCAUCAUACAGUCAGUACUAUACCACCAUGGAAACUUCAGUGCCCCUACCUUGCUUAAUGAAGAUCAACUCCUCAGAGAUUACCAGCAAGAUCCUAUAGUGUGUGUGCCAAGUUAAGAAAAACUGAUCAGUGUUGUUUAGUGGUCCUACCUGCAAGUUAAGUACAAUGACUUCACACAUAAAUAUCCCAGACUUGAGUUGUGUACCUCCUGUCCUAAGUGACUAAAAAGACUGUGGUAGUGAAGUGUGAGUGAGUGAAAUUGUUUUAAUUGCACUGGAAACAUUUUAUUUAAAGGGCAAUGAAUAUACUAACUGCUCAAUAUGAUCGACAUAGACUGAUUUCAAAAAGACUGAAAAUGAUAAUAUUUAACACAGCAGCAAAUGUAUAGUGAGCUUUUUGCUCUGUGUAUUCAAAAAGUUGCAUUUGAUUUGGUUGGAGUCAGAGGCUAGUGGUUAAUUUACUGUUUAAGAGAUUUUUACAAGAGAACUUUUAUACAAUGGAGAUUAUAGUACAUCGUAUAAUACCUCACUGUGCAAUACAUUAAAGUGAUGCUUGUGAAAAGGAAGCAGUAAGUUUCAUUCUUGUCUUUUAUGUCAGCUGUUAUGCUGCUUUAUACACGUGUUCUUUUUGUAUAACUGAAACUGCCUAAAUUUGAUAGUAGUUGUACGACUGACAUAGCAUCAGACAAUUCUUGUAAUGUAACUCACGGCCUUGCCUCAUCCCGUGUCAGUGCUUUGUGUUCUUGGACAUUCACCUUGUUGAUUAUUCACAAGCUGUUGAUAAUAAAUUCUGGAUUAUAAUAAUUUGUGUCUGAAAAGAUCUAUCCUUCAUAAUGGAAUUGUAGUUGUCUAUAUGAAUAUCUAAAAUUUGUAAUGAUUGUUUGCUGAUUUACCUAACGAAAAUGAACAAAGGACAACAGUUAUGGGUGCAUUUAGUUGUUUUAUGCACUUACCCCUAACUACAGAUGUAAUAGCUCUCAAAUGGCACAUAAACAUACAGCUGUAAAGUUUUUUGGACCAUUGCAUGACUGUGUGGGUGAACGUACUAAGGGCAAUUGUAAUUAAAACACGAAAAAUAACUUUCUUGUUGUACAUUGUAAGUAAUCAUAUUGUCUCAAAUUUUGACUGGAAGUUAUUUUCACAUUCAUGUCAUGUGGAUUAUGUAAAUUGUAGUGUCAAGAUAUAAUUUAGAAAUUUGAUUUUUAUGUUUCUCUGUAUUCAGAAAUUGCAAAAAUAUGAUUAUUUAAUGUACAGGAAUAUUUAAAAAUUUAAAUUUGCUAUUUGUCGUGGGUAAAUUGACUGUGUGCCUUCCAGUAAAUGUUCAAUUAUUUUCAAAUGACUCAGUGCUUGGAUGAUUAAAUAGUAUUUACUCAUCUUGAAAAAUCAUAAACAGAGGAAUAAUUGUAUGAGAGAGACUUUGUGAAUCCUUUUUGUUUUAUUGUUGAGAGUGAGUAAUGAUAUGUAAUUGUAAUGUGACAUUUUUCUAGUAUAUUAAAGCUUCUGACUCCUAGCCACAAAAUCAAAUUGCUUUGUUAAAUGGAAAAAAUCAUUAAUAUUAAGACUGUUAUAAUUACUGUUAAAAAGUCUGAAUAAUAAAUAAAAUUUUAUACCAUUGACCAUCA